AUGCGUUCUUACCAGGCUCCGGCUUCAUCUGCUCCGCCUUGCGAGAGGUCAGUAAAACUUCAAAAAGAUUUGGAGCAGCAGCUAGUGUGUGAACAAUCAGAAAAAAUGAUAUUAAUAAAAGAGAGAGAAAUUAAGGACUCUGACCACUCAGAGUUUAAGGAACAAGUUCAAGGACUUUUAUCUGAAAAGAAACAUCUUGAGAUCACUAUUGAGAAAUUACAAAAGAGAGAAAAAGAGAUGAAGGAUAUUCUUCAAAUCAGAGAGAAAGAAGUACAUGCUUUGGAAGUACAGUUAACUGGUGCAGUUGAAAAUGAGCAAAAUUGUUUAAAACAGAUUGCAGCACUGAAUGCAGAGCUUGAAAAAGAGAUGCUGCAGAAUAAGGAACUAAAUGUGAAUUGCAAUAAGCUUUUAUUAGAGAAAGAACAAAUAGCACAAAAGAAAAGUGAUACCGUCACAGAGCUCAAGAAACUACAAGAAGUUCAUAAGGAUAACAGAAAGAAAGAAGAAAAGACUAAGAAGCUAAUAGAAAACCUUGAAGAAACAAACAGCCAGCUAAGGGAAGAAAAAACAAAUUAUUUACUAAUACUUAUUAAUUUGGCAUUUAGAAAUGACUUGGAGUCUCUGAAGGAGAAGAUGAAAAAGAAAGAUGAAGAGGCUAAAACUAAACUGGAUGAAAGUGAAGAAAAUACUAGAAACAUUGGAAGUGAAAUUUCAAGAAAGGAAAAGCAACUGAAGAUGCUAGAAAAUAAGUUUAACAAUUUAAAGAAACAAGUUGAAAAUAAAACCAAAUACAACGAGGAACUGCAGCAAGAGAAUAAAGUGUUGAAAAAGAAAAUUGCAGCAGAAAGCAAGCAAUCCAGUAUUUAUGAAGGGAAGGUGAAUAUAUUACAACUAGAGCUCGAAAAUGUAAAUAGGCAACAUAAGGAAACAGUUGACAGCUACCAAAAAGAAAUUGAGGCAAAAAACAUAACAGAAGAAAAACUUCUUGAAAAGGUGGAAAAGAUGAGGUUAAUAGCUGAUGAAGCAGUAAUACUGCAGAAAGAAAUUGAUAUUCGAUGUCAGCACAAGAUAGCUGAAAUGGUAGCACUUAUGGAAAAACACAAGCAUCAAUAUGAUAAAAUGGUUGAAGAAAAAGAUACAGAAUUGGAACUCUGUAAGACGAAAGAACAAGAACAAAUGUCAGUAAAGAGAUCCUUGGAAAUUGAGCUCUCUCAUGUGCAAAGUGAACUAUUAUCCCUUAAGGAGCAGCUUAAAAUAGAGAUUGAAGAGAAGGAAAACCUUGCAAGAGAAGCAAAAGAAAAUGUGGUUUCUGAAAAAGAAAAAAAGCAUAAGAAAAUACAAACAUCCUUUAUGGAGACUCCUAAAACCAGUUUAAAGCUUGCCUCUGCAUCAGUUAAUUCAGAAAAAAAUUUAUCCCAGAAUUCCACAUCUUUUCGAGAGAACAAAUUGGAAGACAAAGAAAUGUCGUCUUGGACACCUACUAAAAGUGUCUUGGUCACUCCAUCAUUAAAG